GGCCUCCGCAAGCUCUUAGGCCAUCUCUGAGAGGCUCCAGGUAGGAUAGUGGAGCUAAGGCCCCUUUCAGUGCCUUAGUGGGCAAUAUUUUAUAUCCUGUAUUGUACUGGAGUCUCACUACAACAGGCCCAGGAAGUAGCCAGCAGGGUACACUUUUUUACAGACAAAGAACCCGAAAUUCAAAUGAGUUCCCCAGGAUGUUAGAACUGGAAGGAUUUAAAGAUCACUAAGUCUGUUCCCUUCACUUUUCUAUAUGUGUGGAAACUGAGACUCUUCGAAGUAAUGUGACUUACUGAGCAUAUAGGCCUGUCAGGGCCAGAGCCUGGGCAUCCUCCCUCCUCGGAGUGCCUUGCACAGCCCUGUGCCUCCUUGCUCCUAGGCAAAUCUUGGAUCUCCAACCAGACCCCAGAAUUCUGAUCUCCAAGGGUGUCAGUCACCUGUUCACGCCCCAGGCGCUAACACCCUACCCUAGGGCUCUGACAUCACCUCCUCUUGACCAAUGAGUGAAGUCCCAGUGAUGGGUGAGGGUGUGAAUGUCAGCUACCUCCCCCACCCAAGCCUUGUGGUUGCAAAGAUGCUCUAACAGGAAGCGGGUUUAAGGAGCUGCACAGCUUCCUGCCCCCCCCACCCCAGGGCUGAGUGGGGUGAGAACGGCGAGUGCCAGUCCAGGCCACGAGACAGUUUCUUGCCGGGGUCCUGGGAGCUUCCUCUUCCACAGCAACUUCCGUGCGGCCGGGGCCCCAGCGGCAGGAGCUGCUGCCCGUUGCCCAGGCCACCCUCCACCCCCAGUUCCGAGCCCUGCCCCCUGGGGCCGGGCCAAGCCCAGAGGCUGGCUUGGGAUCCCAUGGGGGACUGGUAGGGCAAAGGUCGUGGGGGCCAGAGGUGGCUGGGCCAGAGCCCUGGGGCUCCGGCCAUGAAGUCUCGGCAGAAAGGAAAGAAGAAGGGCAGCUCGAAGGAACGGGUGUUCGGGUGUGACUUGCAGGAACACCUGCAGCACUCAGGCCAGGAGGUGCCCCAGGUGCUAAGGAGCUGUGCCGAGUUUGUGGAGGAGUAUGGAGUGGUGGACGGGAUCUACCGCCUCUCAGGGGUCUCUUCCAACAUCCAGAAGCUCCGGCAGGAGUUUGAGGCUGAACGGAAGCCAGACCUGCGGCGAGAUGUUUACCUUCAGGACAUUCACUGCGUCUCCUCCUUGUGCAAGGCCUAUUUCAGAGAACUGCCUGACCCCCUGCUCACUUACCGGCUCUAUGACAAAUUUGCUGAGGCUGUGGCAGUGCAAUUGGAACCUGAGCGCUUGGUCAAGAUCCUAGAGGUGCUUCGAGAACUCCCUGUCCCAAACUACAGGACGCUGGAGUUCCUCAUGCGGCACUUGGUGCACAUGGCCUCAUUCAGUGCCCAGACCAACAUGCAUGCCCGCAACCUGGCCAUCGUGUGGGCCCCUAACCUGCUGAGGUCUAAGGACAUAGAGGCCUCAGGCUUCAAUGGGACAGCCGCCUUCAUGGAGGUGCGCGUGCAGUCCAUCGUCGUCGAGUUCAUCCUCACACAUGUGGACCAGCUCUUUGGGGGUGCUGCUCUCUCUGGUGGUGAAGUGGAGAGUGGAUGUCGAUCACUUCCUGGAACCCGGGUGUUGGGCAGCCCCGAGGACCUUAUGCCCAGGUCUCUGCCCUACCACCUGCCUAGCAUCCUACAGGCUGGCGAUGGACCCCCACAGAUUCGGCCCUAUCACACUAUCAUAGAGAUUGCAGAGCACAAGAGGAAGGGGUCUCUGAAGGUCAGGAAGUGGAGAUCUAUCUUCAAUCUGGGUCGCUCUGGCCAUGAGACCAAGCGUAAACUCCCACGGGGGACUGAGGAUAGGGAGGACAAAUCUGAUAAGGGGACUCUGCGGCCAGCCAAGAGCAUGGACUCACUGAGUGCUGUGGCCGGGGUCAGUGAUGAACCAGAGGGGCUGGUGGGACCCAGCAGCCCUCGGCCAAGCCCACUGCUGCCGGAGAACUUGGAGAAUGAUUCUGUGGAAGGAGUAGAGGGUGAACAGGAGCCUGAGGCAGAGGCACGGGGUGGCACCAGCUCUGAGCCAGGCACACCACGAGCUGGGCGGUCAGCAGUCCGUGCUGGGGGCAGCAGCCAUGCAGAGCGUCGUGCUGGCGUCCACAUCUCAGAGCCGUAUGCUGUCAACCUCCCAUCACACAUCAAAUGUAUUCUCAAAAUACCCCCAAACAUCUCUCACAUCUCCUUGGCUGGCUUCACCCGCAGCCUUGAGUAUCCUGCCCUACAGCCCCGGCCAAGCCCUGCCUCUGGCCCUGGUCCCCCAGAUGAGAAGUCGGAGGAAAGUCCAGCCCCAGGUCCCCUGGCUGACUCAGGCCCAGUGGACAUGGCCCCUGCCCUGGAGGACUGCCUGUCCCAGGAGGUGCAGGAUUCCUUCUCCUUCCUAGAGGACUCAAGCGGCUCAGAGCCCGAGUGGGUGGGGGUGGAGGAUGGGGAGGUGGCCAAGGCAGGACCAGCAGGAGCAGCUUUCUCCCCUGGGGAGGACGACCCUGGGAUGGGCUACCUGGAGGAGCUCCUGGGAGUUGGGCCUCAGGUGGAGGAGUUCUCUGUGGAGCCACCCCUGGAUGACCUGUCUCUGGAUGAGGCGCAGUUUGUCCUGGCUCCCAGCUGCUGUUCUCUGGACUCCCCUGGCCCCAAGCCUGAAGCAGAUGAGGAAAGUGGCGAGGAAGUCUUCCUGAGUGCCUAUGAUGACCUAAGUCCCCUUCUGGGGCCCAAACCCCCACCCUGGGAGGGUCCAGGCAACCUAGAGGAAAAGGCAGCAGAAUGCAGAAGACAGGAGGCUCCAGGAGAGUCUGAGGGAGAGCCGGCAUUCUGGGAAGUUGGGGAGGACAAGGAGGCUGAGCCUGGAAGCAGAUGCGACCUCAGAGAGGAGGUUGAGGGGAGUCCAGAGAGCAAAGUGGAGGGUGGAGAGGCCAGUGAGGAAGGAGGGGAGGCUGAGGGAAGCCAAAAGGUGGUUGUUGGUUUGAGAGAAGGAAGCGGGGAAGAGACAGAGGAGACAGAGGUCAAGGGAGAGGAGUCCAAAGGUCAACAGGAGGACGAGAGUUUGGAGGAAGCUACAGGUGUGGAGGAAACAAGAGGAACGCAGGGUAAAGACAAGGAAAAGGAAAGAAAGACUGAGAGAGAGGAAGAGGAUGAAGAAGGAGAUGAAACCCAGGUAGAAGCUGGAAGGGACCCAGAGCAUGGGGCCCAGGAAAAUCAAACUGUUGAGGAGGGCUGGGAAGUUGUACACAAACAAGAGGCUGAAGGAGGCAGAGAAGAUGAGGUAAAAGGACAGAGGGGGAUUGAAGACCAAGAAGAAAGAGAAGACCAAGGAGAUGGUGAAGAUAGCAGAAUCCCAGAAGCAGCAGCUGAAGGAGGAGCAGGGGAGGUCAGCAAGGAACAGGAAAGUGGAGAUGGAGAAGCUGAGGGAGACCAGAGGGCUGGAGGUGACAAUUUAGAAGAGGAUUCCCUCCCUGAAGGGUCACAUGUAGAGUCCCUGGAGGUUGACAGUGCCAAAGAGGGCAAUGCCCAGUCCUCUGCGACAGAACAGGCAGCUCCACAGCCACCCCGGCCAGAGGAGAUGGAGCCUGAGGGGCAGCCCAGUCCCCUUGGCUCAGCUGCUGGUGUAGGCAUGCGACUGGCUUCCACCUUGGUUCAGGUCCAACAGGUACGCUCUGUGCCUGUGGUGCCCCCCAAACCACAGUUUGCCAAGAUGCCCAGUGCAAUGUGUGGCAAGAUCCAUGUGGCACCAGCAAACCCAUGCCCGAAGCCUGGUCGGCUUGAUGGGACUCCUGGGGAAAGGGCCUGGGGAACAGGGUCCCGAGCCUCCCGCUCUGCUUGGAGGAAUGGGGGUAGUCUUUCUUUUGAUGCUGCUGUGGCCCUGGCCCGGGACCGCCAGAGGACUCAAGUUCAGGGAGUUCGGCGGACCCAGACCUGCACUGGGGGAGGAGACUACAGCCUUAUCCCCCAAACCUCCCCCUAUAGCAUGAUCCCUGCCCAUUGUCCUCGGCCUCUCAGCUGCCUGGAGCUACCAGAUGAAAGCACAGAAGGGUCUGGACCCCGGAGUCGGCUUAGUCUACCCCCCAGAGAACCCCAGCCCCCUGACCCCCUUGUGCCUCCCCAGCGCCGUUCAUAUGCAUUUGAAACACAGGCUAACCCUGGUAAAGGUGAGGGACUGUGAUUAGGACCUGAGCUCUGGGCAAAAGGGACACUAGUUGUCUUGAAUCUCUGGGGUCUUGGACUAGCUGUCUCUUCUGCAGCCUGAGCAGCUAUAGUGCCCAACUCUAUAGGUUUUGGCCCUCCAGCUUCUCUUUUUGACUGUGGAAGGCACUGUCUCUGUUGGUUUACCUGAGCUUGUCUCAGACACAAAGCACUUAACCCUUAGGAGAUUCCAAAGAAAGUCUCCAAGAUCCUGUUCCCACAGAAUGGGGUCAUUGGACAAAUGGAACAAAGAAUAGGUGGAAAAUAAGUUUUCUCAAACUGAAGAAUGAAGAGGAACUCCAGCCAAGUUCCUGCCCUCCUCUGAGGCAAUGAACUCUUCAUCGUGGAAGUCCAGGGUAGAGGUGGGGGACAGGGCCAGUUCAGAGCCUAUUACACACAAACACUUGUAGAGUUACCCAUCCUUGCUCUACUCUUGAGCCCUUGGACACCUCUUGAUCCUCUUAACUCGAUUAGGAGGAACAUGUCCAAGAAGCUCUUUCAAGGCCUCAGUACUUGCUAGAGGGGCUGGCUCCCUUCCCAGCUACCCCACCCUCUGCUUCCCUGUAUCUUAAAGAAAAAGGUCUUGUAUAGAUCUCUUUGGCCUCUCCUUUCUCCUAUGGAAUAACUUCCUGUUUCAGGGAAGGGGACUGGCAAUAUUCAAGCCCUGGGACUGCUUCUCUGGACAGCCUGGGGCCACAGGUCCCAGGGGGUGAUGUCUCAGAAUAAAAAUUGUAUUUUUACACAUAAA